UCCCGUUGAUUUCAAGUUUCUAUAAGAACCGAGCAAAAACCCUAAUUUAUUCUUUGAUUUUGUUGGAUUCUCUCGACGAGCCGUUUCUCUCUUCAGCGUCCAGACAGUCAGAGAUCCUCCCAAUCAAACAACAAUGACAAAGAGAACCAAGAAGGCUGGAAUUGUUGGAAAAUAUGGUACUCGUUAUGGUGCCAGUUUGAGGAAGCAAAUUAAGAAGAUGGAGGUUAGUCAACACAGCAAGUACUUCUGUGAGUUCUGCGGAAAGUAUGCGGUGAAGAGAAAAGCCGUCGGUAUCUGGGGCUGCAAGGAUUGCGGAAAAGUCAAAGCAGGCGGUGCUUAUACUUUGAACACUGCUAGCGCUGUGACUGUGAGGAGUACCAUCAGGAGGCUGAGGGAGCAAACUGAGAGCUGAGCAACCACUGAAUUCCAGAGCUGACCCCAGCAUGAACAGAGUGAUGAACGGAGUGAUGAGCCUAUCACCAAGUUCCAACUCGAGUUGAUCUCUAGAUAAGCUAUUGAACUUUGGCUUGAACAACUUAUGCCCCUUUUUUUUGAAUAAUGAAUGACUUCUGUUGAAUGAA